CCCAGUCUUGGUGCCCUUAGGUCCACGGUUCAGCGACCCAAUCCCCAGGGUGGACAGAGAUUGAAUACAUUCCAGAGGCAAGCUUUGUCUGAAGCCACCCGUUGCAGAGCUGGAAAUAAAAUUAAGUCUCCCCAUUGAUAUCAGAGGAAGACGGAGUCUGCGAGCGUGCCAGCAGAUUAGACUUUCCUGAAAAGCCUUAGCUGCUUGUGAUCCUUGGAGCCUCCAACCCCCAAUUGGCACUGAUCAUGGCUAGCAUCCUGGCCCGUAUGGCGAGUAGCCGUAGGCAGAAUUCCUCCUUGCCACCUUGGGCCUAUUCCAUGCUGAGGUCCCUGAGGUCUAGUCUUCGUCCUUUGAUAGCGAACAUGGCAGAGAGAAACAUGAAGCUGUUUUCUGGGCAGGUGGUGCCAGCUCAGGGGGAGGAAACCUUUGAAAACUGGCUGACCCAAGUCAUUGGGGUUCUGCCAGAUUGGAAUAUGUCUGAGGAAGAAAAACUCAAGCGUUUGAUGAAAACCCUUCGAGGCCCAGCCCGGGAGGUCAUGCGUUUGCUCCAGGCCUCGAACCCUAACCUCAGUGUGGCUGAUUUCUUGCGAGGGAUGAAAUUGGUGUUUGGGGAGUCUGAAAGCAGUGUGACUACUCAUGGGAGGUUUUUCAACACCCUGCAGGCUCAAGGGGAGAAGACCUCCCUGUACGUGAUACGGUUAGAGGUGCAGCUCCAGAACGCAAUUCAGGCAGGGAUUAUAGCUGAGAAAGAUGCAAACCAAAUUCGCCUGCAGCAGCUACUUUUAGGGGCUGAUUUGAGUAGGGACAUGCGCUUCCGGCUGAAGCAUUUUCUCAGGAUGCAUGAGAAUGAGCAGGAGGGCAUUCCUGAUUUCCUGGAAUUAAUCAGAAUGAUCAAAGAGGAAGAGGACUUGGAUGAUACUUUUAUGAAAAGCAAGCGUGCCAGAAGAGAUGAGUCAACGGUGGGGAGGGCAGCCAGCCCAGAGGCAACUGAAGCCUCUUCCCCAAUGGUGAUCAGCAAUGCUGACUGUGAAGUUAUAGAGAUAGAUGACAGCCUUGAUGAGGACUCAGAUGAGGAUGUGAUACUGGUGGAGCCUCAGGAUUCCCCGCUUUUAUUCUCAGGUUCUCUUCCCCCCAGACGCAGGCCCAGACCCCAAGAUGAAGUGCUUAUCAUUGAUUCUCCUAACAGUUCCCCACCUCAGUCUCCUUCCACGAGUGGGGUUUCUCAGAUUAAUAAUAGUACUGGGGAGAUGCGCCGAGCUAAAAAACGCAAAUACACCCUCCGCUGUACUUAUUGUGGUGAGGAGGGUCACUCUAAGGAGAACUGUGAACUUGACAGGACCCACACACUUGAGAAUUUGAUCAUCACUCUGCAGGAUUUAACACAUAUGGAGGAAGAAGGGGCCAGAGAAGUCCCUGGGUAUCUGAAUGACCCCUAUGAGCUAUAUGAGAUCCUUAACCCUCUACUUUAGAUGCGCACGAGCUUAUGCUCUGUCCAGCCAUGGGAAAACUGGGGGAGGGAGGCUUCUGAUUGCAUGAAUUAAUCUACAAAGGGGCUUGGUUUGGCGGUGUCAGAGAAAACGUCUCAGCACCAGCCCAGUGACCUCUGUUCUUGCUCCCUCACUGCUGCACCCACCCCUGUUGCCCAAGUAUCUGUUUUCUGUGUGUGCCUGUUUCUUUGAAAACUUUAUUCUCUUUGCGAAGGUGGUUUCAUUCAUUGUUAAGUCAUCAAUAAUAAAGAGUACAAACAGUGCAGG